UCUAUCUUCCUUCAUCAGUCUGAUGUUUUGGCAUGUGUUGAUUUUAUCUUUGAUUGCUGAUAAAUGAUAAUGAAGAGACUAUCGUUUGGUUAAAUUAAUUUCUGUUCAAAACCGAAUUUAAUUUUUUAAUAAGUUGUCUUAAAAAGUUAUUAGACUCGAUAUAUCUGGCGGAUACUUACAUGUGGUUUUUGGGCUACAGUGGAAUGUGGCCGUGAAUCCGGAGAUCACUUCAUAUUUUUGCCAUUCUGAGUUUUUGUUACUGUUUUGAUCCGAAAAUCGUUUGCCGUAAAUAACACGAACUGGGGAAAGUGCUACGUCGAACAGAUCGGUCUGAAUCUUCGUAAAUCAUGUCUCUACAGAAGCAGCUAAAUCGCUUUGCCAAUCGGAACAAACGCAAAUAUUCGGAGCCAGCCGUGCUGGCUAACCGUAGCAGCAGCAGUAGCAAUCAGGAUGGUGACAGAGCGGGACUGACGGUGUCGACCUCCAUGCACGGUCAUCCCAAUCUGCCGCGACUGCAGAUCCAGAAGAGCCUAGACACUCCCAGUAUCAAUCCCACUGCCGUCAUCUAUCGGGAUGCAGAGGGAGAAGUGCAUGCCUAUCCGGUGGCCGAUCAGAUUCUCUUCGAAGAAGGCACGGAAUUUUACCGCGAUGGUUUGGGUGUUUUCGCCAAGUUUAUGGAAGCGCACACCUGUUACGAUUUGAUCCCCACCAGCAGCAAGUUGGUCGUCUUCGAUACGCAGCUGUCGGUGAAGAAAGCGUUCUUCGCUCUGGUGUACAAUGGUGUCAGAGCGGCCCCGUUGUGGGAUAGCUCACGGCAGACGUUUGUGGGGAUGUUGACUGUGACGGAUUUCAUCUCCAUUCUCCAUAAAUACUUCCGAACCCCGUCGAUCCCCAUGGAAGAACUGGAGGAGCAUAAGAUUCAGACAUGGCGGGACGUGCUGAAGGAUCACCAGAAACAGUUCGUAUGGAUUAACCCUGAAGCUAGUCUUUGUGAUGCUGUGCGCACGCUGAUCCAGAAUAAGGUGCAUCGCCUGCCCGUGAUCGAUCCGGGUACCGGAAACGUUUUAUACAUCCUGACCCACAAACGUAUCCUGAAAUUUCUCAUGCUGUAUUUAUCUCAGUGGAUGCGUUUGAGUGUGGCGGGAGAAAUCACCGAAGCCACCGAUGAUCAGCACUUGCCCAUCAUUCUCAACCGCACUCUUGAGGAGCUGAAGGAUCAGAUUGGCACUUACUCGAAUAUCGAAACCGUCUCCCCGGAUAGUAAAAUCAUAGACGCCUUAACGAAAUUCGUCAAUCGGCGUGUAUCGGCCCUGCCGGUAGUCGACCACGACGGCAAAGUGGUGGAUAUUUAUGCCAAAUUCGAUGUCAUCAAUCUAGCCGCGGAGAAGACGUACAGCAAUUUGGAUGUGACCAUUCAGCAGGCGCUGGAGCAUCGUAAUGAAUGGUUCGAAGGUGUGCAUAAAUGCGCGCUGUCGGACACGUUGGGAUCUGUGCUGAAUGUCAUAGUCAAAGCGGAAGUGCAUCGAUUGGUUGUGACAGACAAUAACGGAAAAGUGCACGGCGUCAUGUCGCUAUCCGAUAUUCUCAAUUUUCUGGUGCUGCGACCGGCAGGACUGAUACCCGGACUGGAUGAUGUUCUGGAGGACACACUGAGCUCGGCCAGCUCUCCAACACCGAGUUCCACACCUCGUACUGGCUCCACGCCCACUCCGGGUAUUCCGACCAGUAGUGCAAAUGAUCUGUAAAAAGAGUUCCGGAUAAAGUUAUUUAUUUGAGGAGCGGGAAAACGCCGUGAUGUUUGUAAAAAUCUGGCUUUUGUGCAGUUAGUUUUUCGUUUUUAUCAUUGCUUUGGUUUUUUGUGUAUGUGAAUUUGAGUAGUCGCAGUAUCCAUUAUCCUCUUUUUCGAUGUCUUUUCUCUCAUACUCAGGCAGUUUGUCUUCCGGUUUUCUGUCGCUAGCGUUUUCUUGGGUUAAUCCACUGAAAUGACUGUUCUUUCUGCUUUGAGAUUUCUAAUUUUUAACGCAGCCAAAACGUUCUUAACAAUUGUAAAUAAAGCUGUAAUUGGUUCUGAA